AGAAAAGUUGCACAAGACCUUCAGAAAAAAAAUCUCCACCCACACAGAUUGUCUCGUGGAGGAUAUGAUAGGUUAGAGGAGAUUAUGAUCCGUGAGGCCUCUUCCUUAGCUACCGGUGAUCAGUCAGAUUUGGUAUCUCCACCUCCACGUCAUGAGAAAUGGAAGAGAGCUCGCACUAAGCCAUCAGGAGAAUACACUUCCGAAGAAACUCGACUUGUAGCGGAGAAGAUUGAUAACUUAGUGGAAAAAAGCUCUCAAGGAUCAUUCACUCAAGAAGGCCGGGAUGACAUAUUAGCGGUUGCCAUUGGACGUCCGGAGCAUCCAGGAUAUAUCUGUGGUGUUGGACAAGGGGUAGGACUCAAGCAAUUCUUUGGUGGUCCUACUCGAAAGGUUACUUUAUCACAACUUAGUGAAUCCGAUAAAAAGGUGUUAAAAAAUGAGUUUAAGAAAGAAUUGUUCCCAAAAUUGAGGGAUGAGUUAUUGGCAGAAAUGAAAUCAGAGAUGGCAUCCAUAGGAUUGGCUAUUCAAGUUCCACCAAAGGGGGCUUCCCAUGUUGCUAGCACAAAGGGGAGUUGUCCUCUUCCUGAGGAAUCAGGGGAUGGUGCUGAUGUCCCUGUUGAUUGUGAAUUGUAUGUUGAUGAUCCCCACUUGCAUUUGAUGGCUUUAGGUAAAAUAUAUAAUUUGGGAAGCACCAUCCACCUUGAGGCUAUUACAGAUGAUAUGUUGAGAGUGGUGGUUGUAGAUAUUAAAGAUUCUUCUGCUCGUGUUCCUCUGCCUAGUGAGGAGGUUCAAACAGUGGGACAAGCUCCAGGAAAUUUUAUCAUUUGGCCAGCCAGAUUGGCAAAGCCAAUUUUAGACAUUUCUAAGAAGACAAACAUUGUUACACCUCCUCAACCACAAUUAAAGUACAAAGUCGAUCUGUCUUUCACUCUUGUCGUUUUCUCUGAUUCACUGUCUGAUGCUCAUCAUCUGCGAGUUCAUUAUAUCCGUCUUCCACUAUAUCUCAUACAUCUUAGGAUCUCAGAAGAACCUUCAUCUACAAAGACCAAUUAUCAUAAUUGA